CUUCCACUUUCCCCUUCUCUCUCUUUCAACAUUUCUCUCUCUCUCAAAACCUCUGUUUCCUCUGUUUUUUUUAUUAGAAACAUAUAAAAAAAAAAGCUUCAAAAAUCUUAAAUGCUUAACCUAUUGUUAUUGAUGUUUGAGAUUCAUGUAUCAAAUUCUGAGUGAAAUUUUCUUUUCUGGUUGUAUGAUCAAUUCUACUGUUAGGCGCAGGACCCAUUUAGUUCAAUCUUUCUCUGUUGUUUUCCUUUACUGGCUCUACUACGUUUCAUGAUUUCUCUUUCUUAAUCUUUUUUCCCUUUUUAUUACAUAAAUUUUCCAUUUUCAGUAAUUUUUUUCUCUUUUUUUCAUCAUAGUUUCUGGGUCCUGUGUCCUCUGUUUUUCUCUGUUUUCCUCUGUUUUGUGCUCUGUUUUUUGCUCUGUUUUUGUGCUCUGUUUUUCUCUGUUUUAGGUUCUGUUUCUCUCUAUCUCACAUGGCUUCUUCUAGUGGAACAUCUUCAGGCUAUUCAACGCUUCCAAACUCAGGUUCAGAGGAAGAUUUGAUGCUUCUAAUGGAUCAAAGAAAAAGAAAGAGAAUGAUCUCCAAUCGCGAAUCGGCACGGCGAUCUCGAAUGAGGAAACAAAAACACUUGGAUGAUCUUGCACUUCAAGUGAGUCAGCUCAGGAAUGAGAAUCAACAGAUUCUAACAUCUGUGAAUCUCACAACACAACGUUUCCUGGCUGUUGAAUCUGAGAACUCGGUGCUUAGAGCUCAAUUGAAUGAACUCAACAACAGGUUUGAGUCUUUGAAUGAGAUCAUCAACUUCAUGAAUGUUGCAAAUGGUGUUUUUGAACCUCUUGAUAAUAGUAACAAUAACAACAACUACUUCAACAACCCUUUGAAUAUGGCUUACUUGAAUCAACCAAUCAUGGCUUCUGCUGACAUGAACAUGAUGCAUUAUUGAUAGAUGAGAUCUAUUGAGUUUGAAGUUCUUGUUGGAGAAAUUGUGAUGCUUGAGAUUCUAGAGAGAGAGAGAUAAUGAAUAAUGAUGAAUGUGUACUAUUAGUAGUAAUUAAUGGUUCAUAAAGAGGGUGAAACUUGUUAGGUUCUGUUUCUAUAAAUGAACCUUGUGAGUGUUCACACUUUAAGUUUAAGGUUGUGUUUUUCUAUGAUUGAGUCACUAGUGUUGUUGUUCUUCAUGUUGUUGUUUUUCUUUGUUAUAAUGAUAAUGAUAUGUAAUAUAAUUUUAAUUUUAAUAAUAUUUACUAAGUUCUUCA